CACAGCAAAUUGGUGAGCACCGCUGCAGGAAGUAAUGAUCAGGGUUAACCAUACAAAUCCUCAUUUUGUAUCCAUUCAAGUGAUUUUGUGUUUUGGCGUUUCUUGGUUCAUCAGCUGAAUGGGUUGUUGUCUUGAGGUAAAUGAGGUCAAACUGAGUAUGCACAGCCUCGGAUGUAAGCACAGAGCUCUCGAGACGUCUGUGAAGCUGCACUCUCAUCUCCUGUGCUAAAUUAAUUCAUUUGCAAGGGUGAUUGUGUGUUCAAUAGGCUCUGAAGAGGUAUCACUGGCAAGCAAGUACGUCUUAAUGCACUUCAGAAAUGGUUCAGGGACACUGGAAAUUUGAAGAGCCCACACUUCUUGUACUACAUAUGUUAUUAAAUAAUGUCUUUGCCCUGACUCAGCUGAAGGAACUUUUAAACGCUAAGCAUGUUAACUGAGCAACUAACUUGCCACUGGUUGGCUUUCUGUGUUUGUUGAGAUCCGGGAGUUGCUACUGUGAUAGAGUGAACGACAUAAUAAAGUCAAGGCUGUGGAAAGUGUGAAUGACUGGAGCGCCAUAAAAUAUUAAUCCAACACAACCAAAAGCUCCGAGCUGCAGAGACAAGAGACGAUAUGGAUCCUGCAGCACCCAUCGGAUCAAAUGUUGUUGUCACACCGAAGUUUCUACACCUUGGUCUACACAAAGUAGAACACGUCAGCUCGUCGUCGGGUGAUGGGUUUGCAGGCGACAGGAGAGACCGUCUGGGCGCGAAUGAGGUCGCUUUGGUGAAACGGGGAAGGCACGCCAGGAAUGCUGUCGGCGAAGUGCUGUUGCUUUGUGAAUACGGCGCAACCUGGGUGCGCGCUGUGUCCUCCGCCCCCUCGCCGUGGCGCUAGGACCCGGGGAGAGCGGAGACUAGCUGUUCGGCAAGCGGCAGCGGCACCGGGACUCCAAUCGCUCCCCCGGAUUCCAGCGUGAACUUCCCUCGGCUGACGUCAGCUGGCAGGCUCGGCUGUACUCGCCGCUCCGGACAUAGCGCUGUGAAAAAUGCUGCUCUCCGUGCCGCCAAGGACAGGACUCAACCCUUACAACGGCUACAACAGCAGAAACACCAAAAAGCAGGCCUAUGUGUCCUCCAGCCAGCAGAUGCCGCCUCCCAGCCCCAACACCAACAGCAGCAGUAACAGCAGCAGCGGGGGAGGGGAGCAGCUGAGCAAAACCAACCUGUACAUCCGGGGACUGCACCCGGGCACCACGGACCAGGACCUGGUCAAGCUGUGCCAGCCGUAUGGGAAGAUCGUCUCCACUAAAGCCAUCCUAGACAAGACCACCAACAAGUGCAAAGGGUAUGGCUUUGUGGAUUUCGACAGUCCGGCCGCAGCACAGAAAGCGGUGACCGCGCUGAAGGCCAGUGGAGUGCAGGCUCAGAUGGCCAAGCAACAGGAGCAGGACCCUACUAACCUGUACAUCUCCAACCUGCCGCUGUCCAUGGAUGAGCAGGAACUGGAGGCCAUGCUGAAGCCCUUCGGCCAGGUGAUCUCCACGCGCAUCCUCCGCGACGCCAACGGGACCAGCCGCGGCGUGGGCUUCGCCAGAAUGGAGUCAACAGAGAAAUGUGAAGCCAUCAUUCAGCAUUUCAACGGAAAAUACAUCAAAACUCCCCCAGGUGUACCAGUGCCCACCGAACCCCUGCUGUGCAAGUUUGCGGACGGGGGGCAGAAAAAGAGGCAGAACCAGGGGAAGUACCUGCCGAACGGACGGCCGUGGCCCAGGGAUGGGGAAACGGGAGGGAUGACGCUAACGUAUGACCCUACAACAGCCUUACAGAACGGGUUCUACUCGUCCCCGUACAGCAUCGCCCCGAACCGAAUGAUCGCUCAGGCAUCCAUCUCGCCGUACAUCCAUUCCCCCGUGUCGUCCUACCAGGUACACAGUCCCUCCUGGAUGCAUCACCAGUCGUACCUCAUGCAGCCUGCCGGGACGGUCCUGACCCCCACCAUGGACCACACCAUGUCCAUCCAGCCCACAUCCAUGAUGGGGCCCAUCACCCAGCAGCUCAGCCACCUCUCCCUUGGCAACGCUGGCACGUACAUGCCUGCUAACGCAACUAUGCAAGGAACCUACAUCCCACAGUACACCCCUGUGCCUGCUUCCAGCGUCUCUGUAGAGGAAAAUAGCAGUCAGCAGCAACAGGUUGCCAUAGAAACGCCCUCAGAACACACAACCUACUCCUACCAGCACAGCAAGUGAAGCAGAGUUCUUCAUUUGGCAAGUCGGCAUAUUUAAGACCAGACAAGGUGCAACUCCUCUGGAAGGCUGGGUUACAGCUCCACAAAAGGAUUCUACGGACACUCACCACCAGAUUCCAGACAGAAGAUAAAAAGGAACAGGUUUCUUUUAAAAAGAAAACUAUUUUAUUUCGUCACAGACUUUUCUUCAGAGUCAAGCUACCAAAGGAGGCAGAGGAUUUCUUGCAAAGGAGAUAUCUAUUUUGCUAAAAGGAAAAAAAAAAUAGAAAAAAUCAAAACCAUAAGGAAAAAAGAGAACAGAUGUAAAGCAUUAUUUUUGUGCACGUAAUAUAACAAAAUCUUAUUUUUAAAAAAAACAUUCUGGAGAUCCAGAACGAGCAAGGAGAAGCAAAGUUAAAACACAACGUGUCUUUUUCAAACGUUUUUCUGUUGGGUUUUCUUUUGUAAAAUAUGCAAUCUUAUUUUUUUUAAUUGUUUUUUUUUUUACGUUUCACUAGCUGCAGUUAAGAUGGUUUUGUACAGAUUCUGAACUCAUGAUCGAUGCAUUUGUCAGAUUUUACGAUGUUGUAGAUUAAAUAUUUUUUUUAUUGUGCAUAAAAAAGAACCGAAAAUAAGUAAGCAGCUUAAAAUUACUUCUUAAUAAUCUGUUCCCAAUGGCAUAACAGAGGAGUCAGCAACCAAUGUUUAAUGAUACAUCAGAGAAAUCGGAAAAUAUAGUAUCUGCUGAAAGCUAAUACAGAUGUGUUAGAGUAUAAUAGGGUUGUUAAUCUAAAAUGACAAUUUAAGUCUCUUAACUAAGACUAAACACCAGUCAUGCAUUUGAAACUUCCUUCAGUUACAAAACCAAAUUCCCUCAAAGGUGUCAAGGCACACCUUUCUAAAAAGCAAAGGACAAUCAAAUGUAUUUAAAGUAUUUAUAUUUUGGGGAUAGUUUUUUUUUAUAUAGUUUAACAUAAGAAAUUCAAACAUCAAAGAAUUACAAAUUAUUUAACAGUGUUUAGUCUAUUUAACAAAGUAUUUAUACGGGAACAACAGGCCUGAUAUGCGUCAGCUCUCCAACUCUCCAACAGAAGUGACUUCUUCCAGAACUUAAUUCAGGAUUGCUACUCGGAAUUCAAGUGCUCGCCCCUGUGCUGCUGCCAGCCAAGCAGAUGUCAAUAUGUUCUUUUACAGGGAUGCCCAAUCCCGGUGGCACAGACCCCAACCUGCUGGUUUCAGCUUCAUCUGAACACCCAUUUAAAUAAUCGAACCCUUAAUGCUCCUGAUGGUAAUGGGGGGUUACUCUGAACUCUUUCGUUUUCAGUUCCUAAACACGUUGGAGGUUGUAUAAGUGGCAUAAAAUCCUCAGCCUUGGGAGUACAGAAAAACAUGAAACAAGGUUUAAUCGAGCAGCUUGUGGAUUCAAUUAAGGAUUUAAGCUGCACAGAAAACCAGCAGUUGCAGGAGUCCCCGGGACCAAAACUGGGGAGCCCUGGUCUAGAAAAAUAUUAAGUCAGGCCUAGUUAUUAGACCUGACUAGUUUCUACUAUUAGAGGUGUUGUACUAGCCAACACAAAACGGGAUUUUGGAGCAUUUGACAACUGCAAAAUAGAAACUAGCAAACCCGGAUCUUUAAACAAAAGUACGAGACAGAAAAUGCAAACUCAUCUGCUAAUAGGCAAAAUUCAUUCUUUAGUGCAAGAAACCUGUUCUUUUGUGAACAGGGUCUCGCAGGACAAAAACAGCACUUUGAAAGGCACCGAGUUGCCUGUAGACACCCACCUGGAGAGGACACUGAGCACUCUGUGACCCAGAUAUUAUUAGGCAAACAGGACUAGAAAUCCCAGGCCUGGGAUUUGUUGGCCAGGACUUUCUGGGUUUCAAAUAAAAACAUCUUGUGGCAGCCUGGCAGUCACAGCAGCGAAGCCGCAUGGCUCCUCUAAUCGGUACUAGUUCUCCCGUCCGGUGGCGUGCAAGAGAGAGUGGAGCUGCCAGAGGGUGCCGGGGGAGCGCACGUCCGCGGUCCCGCAUUCUCUCCCAGUCAGGUCACACCGGCUGCUGGAGCAGAGGCUUAGGACACGGCGGCCACAGCCAGGCUGGGCUUUCAUUACUAAACACAAGACGAGCUGUGCAACGAGGAGUCGCGUCCCGUGCCAACUUAAAAAUGGCGAACGAUUUCUGAAAAAAGUUCAGUCGAGGGUUACGGUUCUUAUUUUCAGUCAAAUACAAGCAAGCUCAACGCAUGUAUGUGCGCGGGGCGACCCUCACCGAUAGUCCAGUGGGACCAGAUUCCUGAGAAGUGAUUUCAAGCAGCUUGUUCAAGUUAGAAUUCAAGAUCGCUAAUGUGAAUUUUCACUUGCGUGGAUGGAAACCGGCUAGGGGGAGGGGGCGGGGGGUAUACAAAAGAGCGUUGUUUCCUAGUAGGAAUAAUGAAAAAAUAUUAGCAGAUUUUUUAAAUUGCUUCAAGGGCUUCGUGCCCUCCAGUGCUUUGAUUUAGAAUGGGAGUAGCAGUGGGUCUCUCUAGGUCUUGCUUUCACGAUGCUGCUGUUUUCCUUUUUGAGUGUUUUUAUUCGCCUUUUUCAGUGACCUUUUUUUUUUAGAAAGAAAUGAUUUUU